UCGCGUCUGUCAGUCAGUUCGUGUUGUGUUGUGUGACUUGUGUGUUGCUCUGUAUGAAUAGUUUUAGUAUAAAUGUUUAUUAUAUCGGUUUGUCGCCGUUGUCUGUCAAUUUUUCCUGUGCAAACUAAACAAGUCUCAUAAAAUCUUUUGAUUUUAUAACAGAGAGCACAUCGUACACGGGUCGUCGUUUCUGCUCAUUCGAAAGUCGCUCGUCUACUUACUGGGUGCCGUACAAUCGUAAAGUUUUCGAGAUCUUUUAAUUUAUAAUGAGUACUUAAAAGUUAUUUUUGUGGCGAAAAUACAUUAGUUAUGUUGAGAAGAAGAAUGGGUAAAUUAAAUAAUUCAUUUGUGUGGGGUAUAUUCUUUGCUUCAGCAACUUGGAGCAUAUCACUUUAUUUAUACUGGUUGCUGAAUUUGAAUGGGGAGAACACAAUAAACAGUACAGAAAACAGAUUGAGUUAUAGAUUUGUAAAUACUGACCAGAAGAAUCAAUUAAAAAACAAUGAUCGAUCAAUAGCAACACUAGAGGGCAAAAAUCUACUCCUUGAUAAUGCAAAUGUCAAUGACAAGUUUUCUGGCAACAUGUGGAAGUAUCAGAAAGGUAAAUCUGAUUACUAUAGCAAGAUGAUGUUAAAAGAGAAAUAUGCUAAGCACCUUGGUCUGAAGAUGACUGCGCAGCCAGACAAUUCGUUGGAUAAUCAGUUUGGAUUGAUCCGGAAUGCAGAAGAUGUAAGGAUUCGUGAUAGCGGCUACAGUGUUCACGCAUUCAACACAUUAAUCUCUCAACGGAUUGGAAAUCAUAGAGGUUUACCUGAUACUAGAAAUAAACUGUGCCGUAUACAAAAAUAUACUGAGAAACUGCCGAAAACUUCUGUCAUAAUUUGCUUCUUUAAUGAACAUUACCAGACUCUAAUGAGGUCCGUUCACUCUAUACUGGACCGCACUGAUAUGAAAUACCUUAAAGAGAUCAUACUCGUUGAUGACUACAGUGACAUUGAUGGGCUACACGACGCUGUCCAGAAAUCAGUCAAUGAGCUCAAUAACAGAAUGCGAAAAGAGGAGGAAAUGAUUGAAACCAACAAUAUUGAUGUGGAGAAUGUUGUGGACUAUAUUAAUGAUGAUAACAAUGUUGUGGAUAAGAAAACCACUGAGAGAAAUAAAGAUGUUUUAAGUAUAAGGCUGUUGAAGACGAGCAAACGAGAAGGGCUAAUACGAGCUAGGCUUUAUGGCGCUGAAAAUAGUGUAGGCGAAGUUCUGGUUUUCCUGGACUCUCAUAUAGAAGUGAACAUUGAUUGGUUGCCGCCUCUGCUGGCUCGUCUUGCUGAAGGAGUGGACAAAGAAACGAGGUUCUCUCAUCGUGCGGUUACUCCAGUCAUUGAUGUCAUCAACGCGGAUACAUUUGAAUAUACAGCCAGUCCGUUAGUCCGCGGAGGUUUUAACUGGGGCUUGCAUUUCAAAUGGGACAACUUGCCGAAAGGAACGCUUAAAACCGACGAAGAUUUCGUGAAACCUAUAAAGUCACCGACUAUGGCCGGUGGACUUUUUGCAAUUUAUCGUGAAUAUUUCAACUACAUUGGUAAAUACGACGAGGGCAUGCACGUUUGGGGUGGUGAGAACUUGGAGAUAUCGUUCCGGAUAUGGAUGUGUGGCGGUUCGCUGGAGCUGAUUCCCUGCAGUAGGGUUGGCCAUGUUUUCCGUAAACGACGACCUUAUGGCGCAGGGGAUAAAGUAGACUUCAUGUUACAUAACUCGAUGCGGAUGGCUCGAGUCUGGAUGGACGAUUACGUGAACAAGGUGAUCGAGCAAUAUCCGUCGGCCGCCAACCUGGACCUUGGUGACUUAACGUCUCGACACAACUUGCGCAAAAGCUUAAAUUGCAAAUCUUUUAAAUGGUACUUGGAGAAUAUUUAUCCUGAACUAGAGACGGGUGAGAAUGAAGUGGUAAAAAAGAGGAUAGCUGCCCUCAAUGAUGUAGAGAAGAAUAAGUUCCAGCCGUGGCAUUCCAGAAAACGCAAUUACACUGAUUCGUAUCAAAUUCGUUUGAAGAACACUUCGUUAUGCAUCCAGAGCGAAAAGGACGUAAAGACCAAAGGGGGAGGCUUAGUACUUGGCAGCUGCAUAAGGAUCUUGAACCAGAUGUGGUUCGAAACGAGUCGCUUCGAGUUGGUAUUAGGACGCACGCUUUGCUUGGACGCAUCCAACAAUGUUGCGCCAAAGCUGAGCAAAUGCCAUGAACUUGGUGGCUCGCAGGAGUGGAAACACAAGGGAUCUGCCGGCAGUCCUAUUUACAACACUGCAGCAGGUAUGUGUCUCGGAGUCGACCGGGCUGGGAGAGGCGAGCCUCUCAUCAUGGUGAUCUGUGACAACCAACCGACGAACCAAUGGGACUUCAUUAGAUCUUAAACGUAUGACCACUAAGUGGUAUCUGGUAUAUCAGACACUGACAUAUUGCUUUAGCAAUUAAUAACUUGAUGUGACUAGGCUAUUUAGCCGACCUGAGCUUGUAGUACUAGUAACCGCAGCCAUUAUUUAAUCAAAAUACGAUACAUUUCCUUUAGUAAUAGAGUAAACAUUUCGAUCAAUAUAAUAUGUAUCUUCAUUCUUAUUGAUGACAUUCAGCAAUGAUCUCUUAUUUUAAUUGGAAAUCUCUUAUUCUUUGACUCUUAAUAUGUUAAAUAAUUAUACUAUAUUACCAUAUUGAUAGCAAUCAAUCAUACAAUACAAUAUAUUGAAUAAUGUUAGAUUAGAUCUAGGAAAUGAGAGCUGAUAUUGUAGUUUUAGGCCAAACAAAUACAAUAGAAUAGUUAAGAAACUUGACUGUGUAAGCUAACUAUUUUUCCGUGCUUAUCGUCAGCUUUUUAUGAUCAUUUAUUUUCUGGGAAUUAAACGCAGCUAAAAACGCUUUCGUGCAAACUAACUUACAUUUUUCUACAAAAUAUUUAUCUUUAAUUUUGUAGUAGGUAGGUAAACAUUUUUUGGUAUUUUUCGGAGGUGAUUUAUUAGAAGAAUUCUAAGCUGCAAUUAAAUAUUAACAUAAAGAAGAAUUUGAUCCAAAAAGCGAAAAGCGCAUCUCUAUUAAAAAUCACAAAAAGAAAGUCUCAAGAAAAAUUCAGUUUGUAGAUAUUGACACGUCACUGUCGAUAAGUGUAUUUAGAUUUACGUUUCGCUGCAGUUGAUAGUAAAAAUAAAUUCCAACGAUAAUUUUCAUUAUUAGAGAAUUAGGAAGCUUUAUAUGUACAUCAUAAAUUAUGAGUGGCUCGUGAAAUUUCGAUACCGUCCCGUCUUAUUUUAUGAUUUGUUCCUAUGAAGACCUAUUAGUCCUUUAGAUAUUCUAUACAUACAAUAAUUUAGUGUAAUAUACAUUUUACACGGAUAUUUUGCUAAUUAUUAUUAUACUAGGUUGGAAAGAGGGAUACUGAAGAAUGAAGAUUUAAUGUAGUCAUUUAAAAAUGUGCAGCUGUUUUGUUUGCAAACGGAUGUAUAUCGUAUUGGUAUAUUUUUAAACCUUGAUUUAAAAAAUCCGGUCAGUAAUUAGGGAUAGUGGCGCUGGGCAUGUUUAAUAAUUUUUUUGGUUCUUAUGGAGCUAGAACUAGGCCAGUGUUUUUGUAAGGAUUUUUGAUCCUGGAUAGAUCAGGACCUUCUGUAUCGUGUGUGAGUUUACAAACAUACAAUUUCAUACACACACAUCACAUCGAUCUAGGCAGCUAGUUGCUCAGCCACCGCGCUUUCUAUACAGUCAUGUUAUAAAAUUUACAUAAUACCUAUGAUAUACAUAUUAAAUGUCUAUUUAUAUAAAUAUUAUUAAAUUCUACCCAUAGCACAACACAGUCAACUCAAUAAUUUUAUAAAUUUCCCUAUUGCUGUUUUUUGCUUGAUCCAUUAUGUUAUUUAGAUUAAUGGUUAGUGAACUAAGCUAAUAAUAGUCUUAAACAAAAAAAAUAUAACGAAAUUAUUUUGUUAAGAUAUGAUUUUUGUCAAUUUAGAUCAGACUGAUUUUUACAGACUACUUUAUAUUUGCUUUCGCAUCUUGGCUGUAGAAAAUGUACUGAUAUAAUUUUUCUGAGAUUAGGUUCGUAGGUAACUAUCAGUUAAGUUAGAAUGUUUGUUAUGAAAAAUGUGGUUUAAUUAUUAGAAUCAAAAUCAUUCAAAUUAUUUGCUACAAAAUUUGUGGCUGACUUGAAUUUUGAAUCCUAAAACACAUUCUGUAGGAAUUAAGUUAAAACACCCGUAGCAUGUAAAUCUAUUGUUUACUGUGUGAUAAUAGGAUGGGUAAAGAAAUGGCAACAUUAGAAUUUUAAUUUUAUUACACUCGUGAUAGUGCAAAAGUUUUGACAGAAUUUGUACAAAAUAAUUAUGUUUUUUAUAAAGGCACUAUGACGAUCCAUGUCAAUUUUUAGAUUUAUGUGUAAUGGCAAUAAUUUAUGCUAAUUAAUAUUUUUUCUUCUCUGUGUUAUGUACUCUUUUGUCACAUUUUAUAAUCGCUCAAAGUUCAGACAUUUUGUAAAAUAUAUCAAAUUUAAGUUAUAUUUAAUGAUGGCAAUGUUUUUGAAGUGAAAUAUUUUAGUAAUAAUAAUGUUUUUUGUAAUAACUGUUUCUGUCCAUAUUUCAUAUACUCCCACCGAAGCCCAUUGUUAUAAAAUGUGAAAACAGCUUAUUAAAAAGACACGCGAAUUUUAUAAUUUGUUCCUGUAAUUACAGACUGGCAACUCCGUCCUUUUUCUAAUACUUUAAGACCUUUAGUAGUAUUUUUGACAUACAGAACAGAAAUAAUCAACACUGUGUAAGCAAUACCUGUUUGGCUAAAAGAAGUUUAUGAAUUUGUUUGUCUUAUUUUUACUACUGUACAAUAAAAUGUUCGCUACAAUAGUUAGUCCUUUCUGGCGGCUUCCUAUCCGUCUUCCAUGCUUCCAUUAGCUAAUAGGGAUCAGGACUAUUCUCGAGAAUAUGUUACUGCAAACUCUGUGCAGUAAGGAAUAUGGACUUCAUUGAGUAUCAUACAUUAACAUAUCGCCCCAACGCUAAUUGACACUCCACGUCCUAAGCAAUUGCGGCUGAUUCAUUUGUGUGCUGAUAAUUUUAAGAAUUUUAUUAAAAAAAUUUGAAAAAUAAAAUUACUCCUUCUUGUUUUACCUACAUAGGUAUAUUUUUAAAAUUUAAUUGUAUAAUGGCGCUUCUAUUUAGGAACGAACCGCCACAAGUCCCGUGUAAUAAUGAUGAUUUUCUCUGUUCUGUAAGUGCUCUCUAUUUAUCAUUUUAUUAGUAUAACCUUAUAAAAUUGUUCUUUUAAGUACAACCUUUAUAUAUUAUGCACCUAAUUUCUGUUUCUUUAGCUAAACUUGGCACCUUAAUAGAACCUAUAAGGAAAUUAUGUACUAAUGCUUCUAUUGGCUAUGUGAAAAGCGAGUAGGUAGUGGCGGACAGAUAAUGACCGCAGCUCACAACACGGCAGAAAUUGGAAACAAAUUCGGAUGAUCAGAUGUCAGUUUUUAUUAUUAUAUUCAUUUUACAGUAAAACUACUACUAUUUUAAUCUUUGGUUUUAUUUAUAUUUGCUAAGAAAAUUAUAAGUAAUGUUUUCAUUGUUAUUAUUUGACAGUUUCCGCAAAUGUUAGUAAACGCUACGCGUCGCCAACGUCGCGCACGUAGUCAAUACAGGCUGGUGGUGAUUUAAAAACAAAUUAAAUAAAAUUGAAACAUACAUACAAUAAUGUAUGUGCUACAAAGUUGUCUUGGGUAGGUAGGUACGUGAGAUAAUUUUAUAUUGUUUAUAUAUAAAACUUUUUGUAAUGUUGCCAUUUGGUUAAUGUUGUACAAGUGCAGGUGCCGAGUUAUAUUGACUGAAUACGUACAAGUUAGAAAACUUUCGGUACUAUUGUACUAAAUUCAGCUUAAAAUGAGAUAUAAGAGAUGUGGAAAUCUGCAGUUGCGUGUAAGUAGAAAUAUCUAGAUAAUUUUUAUUAUUGUAAUUUUUUGCGAAUUUUUUAGAGUUUUAGAACUUUAUGACGACAGUUUAGAUUUAAAUAUUAUAUAUUUGUAAGAAAUAUGGAGGAAAAUAUAUUUGUUUAUGCGUAUUUUAGACUUAUUUUAUAUAUCGAUGGCACUAAACAUAAAUAAACAUCUUCGUGAUUUUUUAUAUUUUGCAUAUUGUGUAGGUACACGUAUACCUAAUAAUUUCGAAGGUCGC